UGGCGCACAGGAAAUGGAAACAGCUGUGUUGACAGUCUUGGCUGACUUUCAGGCGAUCUUUAUAAUUUUAUGAGUGUGGAGAAAAAUUGAUUGACAGCGUUUGGUGUGUCCGGUGUACAAAGAAGAAUGAGUUCAAAAACUGAACGGCGAGGAAUCUACGUGGAUCAGGCAGCCCUGCUCUGCAAGAAAGGCUGCGGUUUUUUUGGUAACUCAGCCUGGGGAGGUUUCUGCUCCAAAUGUUGGCGUGAGGUGAACCAGAAAGAUCGAGCCAAGCAGAUUGAGGAGGACCACGCGCUAGCAGAGAGACUACAAAGAGAAGAAGAGGCAACCUAUGCAGGCAGCAACGCGGGGGCGCAGUCAGGGAACUCGUCCACCCAGCUGAGCAAACCAGAAGAGAAAAGGAAUAGUCAAAAACCACUCACUGUCCCCGCAGGAAAGAAAUUUUUCUCCACACUUGCAAAGACGACCCUAGGGAGAGAUGUUAAUGUUCCCAGCCAGCCAGCUCCCACCACCUCCAUCAGCCAGCAGCCUGUUGUAGAACCAGACCAAGCCACAAGACAAUUCAUCGAUUUCCUGAAGACCGUGCAAAAGCCUGGACGGGAUAUUUUUAAACAGUGCCAUUCUUUCUGUCACAGUGUAGCUUACAAGAAGGAUCUUGGUGCGGAGGAUCUCUCAGAAUCUGUGCAAGACUUUUACCAGAACCUGUCGGACCGAUUACACACUGUCUACAAAGGGAGUCCAGAGCGAAUCGAGGUAAUAAUGGAUGAAGUGGAGAAGUACAUAACGCUGCAGUUGUAUGAGCAGGCCUUCUGUCCUGAAUCCGCAGACGAUGAGGUCAAAGACUUGGCCAUCCAGAAGAGAAUCAGGGCUUUGCACUGGGUUACGGUUCAGAUGCUGUGCGCUCCACUAAAAGAGGAGAUCCCUGCAGUGUCAGACAGUCUGGAUAAGGCCAUUACUGAUGUAAUUGAGAUGGACUCCAAGCGUGUGCCCAGGGAUAAGCUGGGUUACGUCACCAGGUGCAGUAAGCACAUCUUCAGCGCAAUUAAGCGCAGCAAGAGAGAGGCCGCGUCGGCUGACGACUUCCUCCCGGCGCUCAUCUAUGUGGUGCUGAAGGCCAACCCGCCCCGGCUGCAGUCCAACAUCCAGUACAUCACCCGCUUCUGCAACCCCAGGCGCCUCAUGAGCGGCGAGGAUGGAUAUUACUUCACCAACCUGUGCUGUGCCAUAGCUUUCAUAGAGAAGCUGGAUGCUCAGUCUCUAAACCUGAGUCCAGAGGAAUUUGAACUCUACAUGUCUGACCAGGCGUCCCCUGACAGGCCACAGGCCCCUGGAAUCUCUUUUUCCUCAUCCUCUUCAUCACGUAGUGGCCCCAGAGCGGACAGGCCGGAGAACGACCUCAUCGACUGGGGAGAUGGAGUGGAGGCCUCUGUUCAGGAUGUCCUGGAUGGGCUUCACCUGGACUCUUGCACUCCGUCCACCUCUGCGAUCGACUCGGACAAUGUAGACAGUGAGGGGCUACCACCUCCUCUACAGCCGCAGGUUUUUGCUGGGUAGCUCUGUACCAGAUCGCACCACCCACUGAGUUCCUCUGUAAUUGACUGUUGGUAUUUAACAUGCUCCUGUGUGUGGGCCCUACUGACUGCAAGCUGAUACCAAGUGGGAGAUGGCGUCCUCACUUAAUCAGCAAUCUGUCUCCUUAUCUUUCCGUUAUUUGGGGAAAGGGAUUUGCACAUGUUUAUUCUGUUACAGCUGAGCUCAACACUCUCAGCAUUUAGGUUUCCGGUAAAACUUCAUAUUUUAUGAUCGAGUUAGCCAACACUCUAGAGUGACAGCACACGAGGUUUUCCAUUGGCUAGCUAACUUUCUGUCACUAUGUUUGACAGGCAUGAGCAACGUGAAGCAAAAUAAUUGUAAAAGUUAAAAGUGCAGUUUGUAAUAAUUAAAAGCGUUACUGUAAACAUAUAGACAUAUCAUUUGAGUUAUACUUUAGGAAAAAAAAUUGAUUCACAAAAUUGCCUUUUAACAGAUCUAUUUAGUUCACUAUGGCUCUUUUUUUUCUUUUUGUUUUCUUUUUUUUUGCCCCCCCCACCCCCCGAAAUUAGCUCCGCCCCCUGACACUCUGAAAAGGUUCAUUUAAUUUAUUCAGGCAGGCAGCUACGAGCUUUAAAAAUGAUAAAUUGCCCCUGUAAAGGUAGCAGGCUGCAUGGUGACAAGAAGAAAGCUCCACUGCAGUUCAUGAACUCUAGAAUUAAAAAAAAAAAAUAAGAAAAAUGUUUAAAAAAAAACAAAAAAAAGAAAGAAAAUCUGUUUGUUAUGUACAUUUUUACAAUUACUGAAGAAACAUGUACAGUGCCCUCCACUGAUAUUGGCACCCUUGGUAAAUAUGAGCAAAGAACGCUGUGAAAAAUUGUCUUUAUCCUUUAACAUUUUGAUAUUUUGUUUACAAAAACUCUGCUCUCAUGGAUAUCAAACAAUUGCAAACACAACACAGGUUUAUCAAAAAAAAAAAAAUUUAAUGAAAACCUGAUUGCCAGAAAGCUUAAAAUGGGCCGUGGUUGGAUCUUCCAGCAGGACAGUGAUCCAAAACAUACAUCACAAAUCAACACCAAAAAAUACAUCACAAUCGACUGACCACAAAACCAAGGUCCUGCCAUGUCUAUCCCAAUCCCCUGACUUGAACCCCAUAGAAAACCUGUGGAAUGAACUGAAGAGGAGAGUCAACCAGCGUGGAGCUCGAAAUUUGAAGCAUCUGGAGAGAUUCAGUAUGGACGAAUGGUCUCCGAUCCCUUGCCAUGUAUUCUCCAACCUCAUCAGAGCAAAGACUCAGAGACUCAGUUAUCUUUGCAAAGGGAGGUAGCACAAAAUAUUGACUAAAAGGGCACCAAUAAUUGUUUCACACCUAUAUUUAACAAAGUUUUUUUUGUUUUGUUUUUUGCAUAAACCUGUGUUGUGUUUGCAAUUGUUUGAUAUCCAUGAGCGCAUUGUAUUUUUCUGAACAAAAUAUCAAAAGGUUAAACAAUGAAGACACUUUUUCACAGCCUUCUUUGCUCAUAUUAACCAAGCAUGCCAAUAUGAGUGGAGGACACUGUAUCUAUGGAAUAUUAAAAGUUUCUAAUAAGGCAACAUACAAUAUUUGCGUAGUAAACAUGGCUUCAGUUCGAUUCAAUGUCUGGAAGGCAAGUGAGCAGGUUAUUCUGGACCAUUUGACUAUUUAUUAUUAUUAACAUGAAAUCAGUGUGCAGUCACAGCUCAUUGAAUGAGUGUUGGCCGACUCUCUCACUCAUCCUUUCUGCCAUGGUAACUUUCACUGUCUUAAGGUAGCUAUAUUUAUGCACUUAAAUUCCUCGGUAUUCCUUGGUCUUACCCAUUGUUUGCUGUAAGGAAAUUCAGUUGAAAGGAACUGUAUCUAAACCAGCUUCACAUAGCUAAGCCAAGUCAAAAUGCAUUUAUUGUUCCUUUUUAUUAAUGCGAAAAAUCCGAGUAUCUAGAAUUUAAGUAUUAUUCAGGUUUAUACCUUCCUCUUCUGCACAGCGGAUUGAAUUCAUGUAGGAUUUUAUCUUGUCCACGGACUACGUGUUAUUUAUUUUUAGAAUAUUUAAUUGAUAUUGUGGGUUUGCAGUCAAUUUAUUCGGUGGAUUAUAAACUUUCAAGCCGUGUGAAUAAUAAUUUUAGCAUUAUGUCAUUUUAAUCCAACUUGUCCAACAUGCACAUACUGUGCAUUGUGUUAUAAUUAUAAAGUUGAUGAUGCACUGUGAACAGGUUUAAUUCCGUAACACCAGCUCAUCCCUAAAGCGCAUGUAUUUCUUGCUUCAAUAGACACUAUAGUUUAAGUGCAGCAUUCAGGAUACCAGUCAAAAACAAUGCGAUGUUAAACAGUGAUUCUGUUUUUCUUUUGUUUUGUUUUUUUCCUGGACCACUAACGAGGAUUUGCUGAAAUUAGUAGCCCAAUAAAUUCAGUAGCAAUGGCUUGAAUUUUCCUGAUUUGACGUUUAAAAAAACGACUAAAUCUUGCCUAUUCUGCGUAUGAGAUAAAGAGCAGUCAUUUUUAAUACCAGUCACAAUACCGAUGCUGUCUGACGCAAACCUCCGUUAUUAAGAUCGAUGUAUUUGUAACAUUCUGGAUAAGAUGAACACCGAAUGCCUCCUCUAGUGUUUGUUCAGAGUAUGCUUGAGGUCUAUGAGCCAAAAUGCUUGAUAAUAUAUGACCUAACUGUAGCUAAAGGGCAUGGAUGUAUAUUAUGGAUCGCUGUAGAGUGCAUCAGAACUCUGUAUGUAUUUAUGUAUGUAUCUUAAAAAUAAAUCGUCAUUUGCAAGACAUUUUUGCCACAUGCAUCUACUGCAUAUAUUACUGCAACAUUAUUAGGUUAUGCCCAUGUGCAGGUUUGGCAGUUCACUGCAAAAGCUUAUUUAUGCAGUGAAACUUUUUU